CGUUUCCCCCCGGACGGAUCCUCUGUGCGGAGCUGCGCUAGUAAACACCGCCGGGCGGCUGAAGGUCUGGAGGCAAACUGGUCCCGGUCCUCUGACAUGUCCAGCGGGGGGGUCCUGAGGGGCUUCGUCGCGCGCAGGCUCGCCGCCGCCUCGCGGGAGGUCCUCGCGCUCGUGGACCGAAUCGUAGCCGGAUACGAGGAGGAGGCGUCGGGCUUCAGGCGGGAGAUCCGGCGGCAGGAGGAGCAGCUGGAGCUCCUGCGGGGCGAGGCGGCUCGCUGCGCGGCAGAUGUGAGCAGCAGCGGGAUUCUCGGGCCUCUUGAGGAGGAAGAUGAUGAAGUGGAGGAGCAGCCGGAGAACCUUGAAGACUCCACAGACGAAGCUCCAUCGAGAGAGCCGCAUCCGCAGCGCCAGCCAGGCAGACCUCAGAUCAGCGACGCACAGAACCACCUGGACCUCCGGAUCCGGAUCCUGGAGGACUCUCGGGCCGACGUGCUCUCGACCGGCGCUCUGAACAAGUGUCCCACGCUGAGGCUCAAGUGUCCCCGGGGCCUGCGGGAGCCGGACUUCCUGGACCUGCUCCGGUCCUCCUUCCCUCAGCAGUGCGGCGGCGACGGGCGCUUCGAGGUCCUGACGUCGGACCGGCGGCGGCGGCUGAGGCCUCUGAGGGUGGCGGCGCUGACGGCGGAGGAGAUCGACAGGAACGCCGGCGGCUCGGGGGGGAAGUCCACCAUCUACAUCCGACUCAAGACAAACACGGGUCCACAGGCCGCCGCCGCCGGCGAAGACGCAGCUGGACUUCGGAGCCCUCAGGAGGUCGAAGGCAACGGAGACAUGGAGACGGAGGACGGAGGGACGGCAGAGCCAGCAGGGAGUAAAGGACGCGGUAACCAUGACGUGGAAAAGGAGGAAGGAGGAGAAGAAGAAGAAGAAGAAGCAGCCAAUCACAGCGACGAGGACUGGAAACCAGACGGGAGCGACGCGCUGCUCCAGCCAGAGGCGGCGAGACAAAAAGCCGGAGGUUCUGCCGGCGAGAGGACGGAGGACGUCGGCGUUCCGUCCUGCCGAGUCUGCGGCGCGCCGCGCCAGUCGGAGGCAGAGCCGCACGACUGCAACGUCUGCCGCACCGCUUUUGCACAGAAGGCGCCGGAGGACCGCCGGAAACUCCAAAAGGCGGGAAAACCCAACAAAUGCCCUCAAACCCGCCGCAAGGCGCUAAAGAGGCAGCCGGGGGGCGGCGCCGGCGAGAAGGCGCACCUGUGCGGCGUGUGCGGCAAAUCCCUCAGCGACUACAGAUCGCUGACCCGCCACAAGAUGACGCACUCCGGGGAGAGACCCCACAGCUGUCAGACCUGCGGGAGGCGGUUCAAGCUGCCCGGGACGCUGAGGCAGCACGAGAAGAUCCACGCGGCCCGCGAGCGCUCGCACCUCUGCGACGUCUGCUGCAAGAUGUUCCUGACCAGCAAGCAGCUGCAGAUCCACCUGCGGACGCACAGCGAGGAGAAGCCGUACCGCUGCGGCGAGUGCGGCCGCGGCUUCACCACCAAGGGGCCGCUGACCAUCCACAUGCGCGUCCACACCGGCGAGGCGCCGUACCGCUGCCCCGACUGCGGCUGGGCCUUCAAGCGCAAGAUCAACCUGGACAACCACGUGACCAUCCACUCGGGCCUCAGGCCCUUCGUCUGCGGCGUCUGCGGGAAGGCGUGCGCCCGCAAGUCCUACCUGACGGUGCACAUGAGGACGCACAGCGGGGAGAGACCGUACAAGUGUCCGCUGUGCGACAAGGCCUUCACGCAGAGCCACUGCCUGAAGACGCACAGGAAGAGCCACGGGGCGGCGACCUGAGACACCGUCCGCCUGCCGCCGCCUUUACUUCGUAUUUAAAUGUGCUGCUGUAAACAUCUGCAGAUGGGGAUUUGAACCGUAGUGUUUGAUGUGUAAGUAGUAAUCAAGCUAAAAAAUAAAGGACUUGUUAUUGUUCA